CCCCUAUGGCACGCCCUGCUCCGCCUCCGCUGUUUUCUCCGUCGACGGUUAGGGCGCCGUACUCUUCCUCUCCCUCGCCGGUGAGGGCGCCGCGCCCUAAACUCCGAAAAAGAGGAUGCUGAGGAUGCAGUUAUCGUUGCCUUCUUCCGAUGAGCAAUUCCCUAAAGUAUCUUAUAAGGAUCUAGCACAGGCUACUGAGAACUUCACAGUAUCUAACUUGAUUGGGAGAGGAAGCUGCGGUUCAGUGUACAGAGCAAAGCUAAACCAAAAACAGAUGGUUGUGGCAGUGAAAGUUUUUGACCUUGACAUGCAAGGUGCGGAUAAAAGUUUCAUCUCAGAAUGUAAAGCACUGAGAAACAUUCGGCACCGGAAUCUUCUUCCAAUUUUGACUGCAUGCUCAACAAUUGAUAAUCGAGGCCGGGAUUUCAAAGCUCUAAUCUACAAGUUCAUGCCCAAUGGCAACUUGGACACUUGGCUGCACCCGACAGGAGAUGGAAAAACCCCAAAACAACUGGACCUCUCUCAAAGAAUGAAAAUAGCUGUUGAUAUAGCCGAUGCAUUGCAAUAUAUACACCAUGACUGUGAGAGCCCUAUUGUUCACUGUGACUUGAAGCCCAGCAACAUCCUCCUAGAUUAUGAUAUGACAGCUCGUUUGGGGGACUUUGGCAUCGCAAGGUUCUACAUUAAAUCCAAGUCAGCGGCAGCUGGUGGUUCGAGUUCAAUGGGUACAAUAACUCUGAAGGGCACGAUUGGAUAUAUCGCUCCAGAGUAUGCAGGAGGCAGCUACCUAUCCACCUCUGGAGACGUGUACAGUUUCGGGAUAGUACUGCUGGAGAUGCUGACAGGAAGAAGGCCGACCGACCCUAUGUUCUGCGAGGGGCUUGACAUCGUGAACUUUGUCAAGAGGAACUUUCCGGAUCAGAUACUUUGUAUCCUUGACGCUUCUCUCCGGGGAGAAUGCCAAGACUGUUCUCAGGAUAAUCUGGAAGGAGAAAACGAAGUCCACCGGUGCUUGCUGUCCUUGCUGAAAGUGGCACUUUCUUGCGCGAGCCAGGAUCCUAAUGAACGAAUGAACAUGAGAGAAGCAGCUACUGAACUGCACGCGAUCGACACGUCGUAUGUGUUUUGAAGUGGAUGCUAUGCAGUAUGUACGAUUUAUUUUU